GCUGCAUCUAUGGCGAGGUAGGUUGUGAGCGGGUGAAGACGUUCAGCACAUAAGUUCAUGAAGCGCAGAAGGCGUUUUGCUGCACUCAAUGAUACAAUGUGAUGAGGUGGACACCCAAUGGAUGCGUUUUAGUAUCAGUCCCCCGCUUUGCAGAAGAUGAGUCCACUCCAACUCGGUCCGCCCCUUCUCCGCGACAGCCAGCAUAAGCAUGUUUAUGGCGGUAGACUCGGUCCUAUCAAAGCCGUCAUCCUCACAGUAGUUGUGUCCAGCGUCGCAGACAACACACGGCGGGUCUACGGCACCGCCCUCUUUCUCAACAUUUUCUACCGUCUCAUGUCUCCGGGCAGCUCUUUUACCAUUGUAGCUUCGGUCACCGGUCACUUGCUGCCUUCCAGCCCGGUCCUGGAGAGUCACCUGGCAACAGCCCCGACAGUCCCCAUCCUCACGCACGAUGAGCCGGAUCUUGAUGCGGACCCAAUCACGCCUAUAGUGUCUCAAAGCUUGGUUGCAUCGUUCGAGCCCAGCACACAGCUAUCGCAUGGGGACGCAAAGGAGUACAGAUCAACACUAUGAGCCCCGGCGCCAUCGAGACCCCCAUGCUUGGCCAAGUCCUGAGAUCCAAGCAGAGACCAACGAUCUUUUGCGCAAAGUAUGAUCGACUCUUUUCCACUUAGCAGGACCGGAACGCCUGACGAGGUCGCUGGGGUAGUUGCGUUCUUAUCACUUGAG